AUGGUGACCACAAGAGGUAUGGAAAAUCCGGAUCCGAUCCAGAUGAUAAGAGAAUUACGAGCGCAGCUAGAGGAGCAAGCCCAAACCAUUGCAAAUUUAAAGCAAGAGUUACAACAGAAGAAGGCCGAGGAUGCCGAACGCAAUAAAGAAAAACAACAAGACCAGGAGACAUCAGAGGACAGUCAAAAUCAUAAUCCGCCUCCUCCCCCCCGGUCCCCAGACCUCUUGUCGUUCACUGAUGCCAUCAUGCAGGCCCCUAUGCCCGACCGGCCUCCGCCUCAGGUUGAAAAAUUUGAUGGCACAACGAAUCCAGAUCAUCAUUUGCGGAACUUCAUUGACUCCAUGGCUUUUUACACUCAAAGUGACCCGGUAAAAUGUCGGGCGUUCUCCUUGUCACUAAGGGGUGAAGCCCUAGAGUGGUAUUACACCCUUCCACCCAAUUCGGUGGAUAGUUUCCGCACGAUGAUGGGCAUGUUCAAAAAGCAAUACUCCACCAACCGAAACGAGGAGGUUACUGCGGCUGAGCUAGUCAAUCUUAGACAGGGGAAAGACGAAACUCUUAGAGCCUUCAUGCAUCGAUACACUCACGCCGCUCGGAGGAUAAAAGGUGCCAGCCCAGAAUUCAUCAUUGGUAAUUUGUCCAAUUGCCUAAAAGUGGGAUUCGUCUCAGAAAGCUUAUACGCCGAGUUACCUAGUACGUUGGAGGAGUUGCGGCAAAAAAUGGCUAAAUUUAUCAAGAUGGAAGACCAGAGGAUCUUCCGGAAACAACAACACGAGGAGCACCCGGUGAAUGAUAACAAAAAGGAGGGGAAACGUCGGAAAGAGAACGCCCGGGAUCAGAAACCCCCGGCGAAUCUAAACCCUAGGUACGAUCGCUAUGCACACCUCACUGUCCCUAGAGAAAAGGUGCUGGAAAAGGCUUUGCAGUCCAACCUGAUCUUUCAAAGAAGAAAAUUUCCACCUAAGAACGUGGACACGGUGCAGGUAUGCCGAUUCCAUAAUUCAGGGGGACAUACCACUGAAGGCUGCCAAACUCUCAAAGAUGAAUUGGAGAAGUUGAUCCGUGCCGGAUACCUCCGGGAAUUCGUGAAAGAGGAAUCUGCCCGCGCAGGACACUCCCCCAAAAAGACACGAAGAAGCCCGAAACGUACAAAGGGGAAGGGUAGCCACUCACGCGACCGUUCUCGUAGUCCCUUAAGACACAAAUCCCGUAGUCGAUCUAGAGAGCGGGAUCUCACAGUAAAAGGCAGGAUCGAUACUAUUUCGGGCGGUUUUGCUGGAGGAGGUGCUUCAUCCUCAGCUCGAAAGAGACAUUUGAGAAGCUUGCACAACGUUCACUCGGUGGUACGCAAUCCAGUGUCAAUGCCUGAUAUAACCUUCACGGACAAGGAUUUUCAUGCACCAGAUCCUGACCAAGACGAUCCUAUGGUCAUCACAGCCCGCAUUGCACAGUACGAUGUGGGCAAGGUCCUUGUAGACCAAGGCAGUUCAGUCAAUAUACUAUACUGGACAACAUUCUGA